GGUAAUUGUAAACACGCUCCAGGUCUUCAAAGUAAGUGACAAAAAUGUUUGGUUCCUCGAGAUCUGGAGGAGUCCGAGGAGGCCAGGACCAGUUCAACUGGGAUGACGUGAAAGGCGAUAAACACAGAGAAAAUUAUCUCGGGAACUCUUUGAUGGCACCAGUAGGACGAUGGCAGAAAGGCAAAGAUCUAACAUGGUAUGCAAGAGACAAAAAAGGCAGCUCAGCUUUGUCCAAAGAGGACGAACUUGCUGCUGUCAAGGCUGCAGAGCAUGAGGCACUGAUGGCUGCCCUAGGGCACAAGAAUAUGAAGAGGCAACCAACUGGCCUGACCAAAGAGGACCUUGCAGAUGUUUGCAGGAGGGAAGAGGUUGAUGGUGAAGAGAGAAAUGUGGACCGUGUCUCAGGCUUGGGAAGCUCCAGUGCAGGGUCAAGGAAAAUGGUGCUCUCCCAAAAGGAAAAGGAGGCAGCUAAAAUAGGCUUGCCAGUUUUUACACACCACAAAACAGAGGGUUGUCCAGAAACCUCAACAACAAAGAGUGUGGAAAAAGGGGAUGUGGAACAGCACGAGAGCAAAAAGAAAAAGAAAGAAAAAAAGAACAAAAAGGAGAAAAAGAAGAAGGAAAAAAAGAAGAAAAGGCAAAGAAGAGACUCAUCCUCCUCGGGGUCAGAUGACAACAGAAAAAGGCAGAGAAAGGACCACCAUCAUCAUAAUCCAUCAUACCAUAGUCAGAGUGGAGCCAGACCCCAUGACAGCCAUUCAAGGGGGGGAGCAAAGGCCGAGCGACAGCCCUCCUACCCCCAUCAUCGACAGCAGCGGCAUGACACAGACUCCUCUGAUGGGGGGUCUCCUGUCCCCCGUAACCCUGUCAGCCACAAGACGGCCCCUGCUGGUGCCACACAAAGCCACAGGCGGCGCCACGACACAGACUCGGACGACUAAUGCGCCCCAUUCAAAGACACAUAGCGCUGACAGAACGCUCUACAGCAGAAGACCUCAUUUACCCUGAACAGCCAAACGGACUGUGGACGGAGACGGGUCGUUGUGUCUGACUAACAGGCUUUGGCCUUGUGUUUUAACUUCUCACCCAAUAAGUUGGUCAGUUGGUCAUAAGACACUGGUGUCAUUUGUGUUAUUUUGGGUUUUGGUUGACAAGAAGUUAGUUUUUUAACACAUUUUAUGUGAUUAAACCACCAAAUAUCACA